CUUUAAUGAAGGGGCGGAGCCUUGGGAGGCCUGAGACACAGAGACUAUUAAAGAGACAGCAAGAGACAGUCUAGGGGUUAUUCCCCUUUGCUUUUCCAUCAUCAUGGAUGCAGCACCCCCUCUUAUCCACGUGGACUUCCCAGACGUGGCCAGUUCACUUUUGGAGAGCUUGAACCAGCAACGGGUAGAAGGAAAGUUGUGUGAUGUUUCCAUUCAUGCACAGGGCCGAGUCUUCAGAGCACAUCGGGCAGUGCUGGCAGCCUCUUCUCCGUACUUCCAUGACCAGGUGCUACUGAAAGGAAUGAAUUGCGUGGCUCUGCCCGGGGUUGUUGACCCAGCAGCCUUUGAGGCUGUGUUGUGUGCUGCCUAUACAGGCCGCCUUACUAUGUUGGCUGAUGAAAUUGUUAACUACCUAACAGUUGGCAGCGUUCUCCAGAUGUGGCAUGUGGUAGAUAAGUGUUCUGAACUUCUCAAGGAGGCCAGAGGUGGUAGUAGCUGUGGUGGAGAAAUAACUGGUGGAGGUGAUGUCCCUACACCUCAGAGACCUCACUCUGGCAGAGCCAGCGAGAACCAGUCACCUAGCAGCAGCAACUAUUUCAGCCCACGAGAGGCACCACUCGAGUCCUGUGGGGAAAGAUCUAGGACAAAAAAUGAAGCGGCAAAUGAAGCCACUGAAGAGGUGAGUGUUGAAGGAGAUCAAGAUCUGGUAGAGGCAUCAGUAGCAAGCUGCUCUAGCUACAGGAGACCUAGUAUUGUGCCGCAACGCCAUUGGGUAUACGUUAAAAAGGAACGGCCACACCCAGGAUUGUUAUUGACUUGUGAGGGUGAGGAGGAAGAAGAGGAAGACGAACUAGAAGAGGAUGAAGAUGAGGAACACCUGAGUAUCAGUGAUGUCCGUACUUUGAAUGCUCCAGAGGAGCAAGUGAACUUUUGUGAACCGUCAGAUGGCAUGCCAUAUGAGGAUGGCACUGGUGGUGUUUCAGGUUAUCCCCAGGGACCACCUCUGCUGCCCUUGGACAUGCAGGGAAACCAGCUUAUGGUGUUGCCUUCUGGACAUGGGGCAGCAGGGCAAGGUGGGACAGGAACAGGUCAGGGUGGAGACAGUGGCAAGAUCUUUUUGUGCCACUGUGGAAAAGCAUUCUCACACAAGAGCAUGCGCGACCGGCAUGUCAACAUGCACCUUAACUUGCGUCCUUUCGACUGUCCUGUGUGUGGGAAAAAGUUUAAAAUGAAGCACCACUUGACAGAGCACAUGAAGACACAUACUGGUGUAAAGCCGUAUGAGUGUGAGGUGUGUGCCAAGAAGUUCAUGUGGAGGGACAGCUUCAUGCGUCACCGUAGCCACUGCGAGAGGAGGCACAGGGGGGGAGGAACAGGUGGAGGAGUGGGGCAAGUAAGAAAGGAAUCUCCAGCUGUGUAACAAAGAGAAAAGGCUCUGGGGAACCUGUGGGACAAGGGAAGAGGACUUUGACUAUAGUAGACAAUUGCUAGAAGGUGGAUAUCAAGGAGUUUGGCUAAACAUAAUCUGCAGUCCAGAUCAAAGCUUAUUUUAAAGGAACCUAAAGAAGACCCUAAUAACUAAGAUUUUGACUUUUCCAAGGGUAUUGUGGAGAGAAACCGUUCAGAUUCUAAGUGACGAGGGACAAAACCAAAUUUGGGCAUUAGGUGUAAGAGGAGUAUGAAAAAUAAGUGGAAGUACAAGGAAAGAUGUUUAUAACAAUUUGAUAAAAGUCUAGGUAGAAAAAAACCUACAAAGCCUAUCUUUUUAUACCAUAAUUACCCUUGCAGAUGUUUUUUGAUGGAUCUAAAGAACAUUACUCCUUUCCUCUAUAAGAGAUGCAGAGCUUCUUCCCAAGAGUCCCACUAGACCUAACAAAAUAAACUAUAUGUUGCUACUCCUCUGGACCUCAGAGCCUCAUCAAUAUCCAAAACAAACCUCUCAAGACUGUGGUUUCCUCUUCUGCCAAGCAUUGCUUCUUAUCUUCAGAUAAUGAUUCUUUGCAAAACUUUGGUUUACCUGUACGUGGAAAUAGCAGACGCACUUAUAUUGUUGUGUAGUAUACAACAAGUGGGUACGAACACUCCCUCCCCAACCCUUUACUCAGACAAGUCAGAGGGUAAUAGAACUGAUUCCCAGCUUCUGAGUUUAUAACAAAUAUAUAAGUAAAUUUUCAAUACAAACUACAACCCCUCAAAAAGCAUUCAUAAGCUACUCUCACAUGUAUAUAACAUACUCCAUUAUAGAAAUGUAUUCAUAAUGUCCCAAGCGAACCUUCAAUCUCCAUUCAUCUACUACACAUAAAUGUA